AUGUUACUUGUCACUGAAACCAUAAGUUCAGGCUCGUUGGAAGUGAAUGCCAUCAACCAUAGUGGCCUCAUUGCCCUAGACGUGGUACGGAUUUUCCCAAGUGAAGCAGGGGAUGGAGAAAUUGUUAAGAUCCUUCAAAGUGCUGGAGCAAUGAGAGCAAGAGAUAUUAUACAGUCGACCAUUCCCAGCAACCAAACCUCUACUGACAACUCUUCAAUGCCAGAGAGAUGCCAAUCGAACCUAAAUAAUUUGGUGGAAUACUUCAAGUUUAAAAAGGGAAGGGAUUCACCUAGCGAGGCACGCGGUACACUACUAGUUAUAGCUGUUUUGGUUGCAACAGCAACAUUCCAGGUUGGAAUCAACCCUCCUGGAGGUGUUUGGCAAGAUACAAACAUACCUGACCAGAAAAAUAGUACCAGCAGUGACAAUGCACAUAUUGCAAAUUGGUUGUGGCUUAAUGAAUUCGAUGAAAGACCUUGUAGCAAGAUUGCAUAA